AUGACAAGACCACUGCCAGAGUCCAUACCACUCCUGAGGCACACCGGACUGGGCCCCCCAACCCUGGCGCCUCUGGGCUCCACCCACCAAAGUCUUGUCAGUCAGCCCUGCCCCUUAAGCAAGCAGCCCAGUCCCUGCCCUCGUCAGUCACCCCAGGGUGACUUCGGGUGGGUGACUCCUGGGGAUUCCCGCUCCAUUACUGGGCCCUCACCUCCUGCCGCCCCAAACUCGACCUCCCUGGUCUCUUUGGGCUCGCGUCUCCAAGGACCUCGGUCCCCCAGCCCCAGGCCCCGCCCUCGCCAGUCAUCCCUGGGUGACUUUGGGCUGGUGACUCCUGGAGCUCCCUGCUGCAGACUCUGCCCUCCCCUCCUGCUGCCUCAAGGUGGACCUCCCUGGGCUCUUUGCGCUGGCAUCUCCAAGGAGCUGGGUCCCAACCCUGUGUUUCCCUCCCCCAUUGUGGAGCAGCAACUCGGACAUUGUGCUGAUGUGGUCCCUCCCCCCGACCAGGAGGAGUGGAAUGUAGUGAUGUCACAAUCCACCUAGGAACUGUCGUUACUGCAAGACCAGCCUUUGAUCUUAUGACCCAGUCCCCUAAGCGUUGUCACCCCAUUUCUGAUUCCUCUGGUCACAGCACAAAUUUCCAGCUGCAAAGGGAAUGGAGAUGAUGGGACCUAGGAGCAAGAGGUUUCAGGCUGCCUCACUCCCUUAACAUAGACAUUGACAGUGGGAAAAGCCUACACUUCCCCCAUGAGCUCAAAAGGUUCACAGUGUCUCUGGGUGGCAAUGGGAGAAUUGGUUUGGUUUGGUUUUCUCCCAGGCUUCUACUUUCCAGAGAUAUUUCAACAUUGUUUUCUCAGUUCUCUAUCUCAUAUUCCAAUUCUCCAUGGUUCUGGGACCAGACUGCCCUUCAGUCAGUGGUCUCUGAAGUGAGAUUUGCUCAUCUUCUGUGGAAUAGAUCUUGGGAAACUGAACUUGACAGCUUGAAUCUUGCUCAUAUUAUCUCCACCUUGGGUACUUUGAGUGCCACAGGAUAAAUGUGGGACAUCUUUCUGAAGCAUCAGUUUCCCUUGAUUCUCUUGAGAUCAAGAGAAAAAACAUGAAUGUACUUAGGGAUGACAGUCACAUAGGUUUCUAAGAGUAUACCAGACUUCUCUCUGAAAUGAGACUUGGUUUGUCCUCUUUCUGCUAAAUUCCCAGAUUUAACAAAAAGGCUGCCUUCUGCCAUGAGGACACAUUGAUAUAAAAGUUUGAGAGGUACUGGUGCACUUCUUCACACUAACAGACGUGUGAGAAUGUCUGACUCUAAACCACACGGCAUACAGUUCCUGCCUACUUAAUGUUUACUUUUCUACCUCUGCCUCUGGUUUUGGCCCCUGGCAGCUGCUGAUUCUUGGCAAAACCUCAGAGCUUGGAGUCAGAAGACUGAGUUUCAAAGUCCCAGUAUCGCCUUUUUCUUUUUUCUAGCCAUGAUAUCAGUCCCUCUCAGUCACUAAAUGAUUGUGACAACACCUUGUACUGUUGUUGGUGUCAUUACAUCAGAUGGUGUAUAAGAGUAUUUUGUAAAAACUGUAAAGGAGGAUGUGGCUGUAGGGGCUGACAGUUCUCAUGAGUAUUACUGCUCUUCUUUCCCACAGUUUAAAGAAUAUUGG